AGAAGAUGUCUAAAGAAUUACCAAAUAAAAUAUUGAAAAUUGAAUAGAUAUUGCAAAAUGAUCAAAAAGAAUGUUGUUGGAUUUGCUAUUAAUUGAUCUUUGAAAGUAUAGAUUGCUAUGGGAAGAAGGUAUGCUCUGAAAAAUGUAAAUAAAUAUAUUUGAAGGAAAUAUAAGUAAUGAAGUCUUUAUUAAAUUAAGAUAAAUUGUAAGAGAUGUGGAAAAGUGAAAACAAAAUAUGAUUCAAUUAAUUCAUUUGGAGAAUGGUAUUGUUAGUAGGAAUGCGUUUAUACUGAAGAAGAAUUAAUGUUUUUGUUAAUGAAAUCAAGUUAACUUAAGUAAUGAAUUAGUAUAUAUUUAAUUAU